AUGAGUGCCGUGACGACAUCGUCGGAUCAGCGCGUGGACGGGGAGAAAACGACGGCUACGAGCCGUGAUGAUGCUGCGCUCGUGGAAACCAGCAAGGAAGAGUAUCCUCAUGGCUUCCAGCUCGCAUUCGUGGUGCUGGGGAUACUGCUGUGUUUGUUUUUGGCAGCGCUUGACAUGACGAUUGUGGCCACGGCCAUUCCUAAAAUCACUGACGAGUUUCGCGCCAUCGACCAAGUUGGAUGGUAUGGCUCAGCCUUCUUCCUGACGCUGGCCGCGUUUCAAUCGUUCUGGGGAAAACUGUACCGGUACUGCCAUCUAAAAUGGACCUAUAUUGCAGCUGGCAUUGUAUUCGAGAUUGGCAGUUUGGUGUGCGCGACGGCGAAGAACAGCACGACCCUCAUCGUGGGACGAGCUGUAACGGGUGUCGGAGGCGCGGGCCUCUACUGCGGAACCUACACAAUCAUCGCAUUUAUCGUCCCGCCGGCCCAGCGAGCGCGAUAUACCGGCCUGGUGGGCGUCUCCUAUGCGGUCGCCAGCGUGGCCGGGCCGCUUAUUGGUGGUGUCUUUACCGAUAACAUUGGCUGGCGAUGGUGUUUCUACAUCAAUCUCCCCAUCGGCGGCGUGAGCCUGCUUCUCAUCCUGCUGUCCUUCAAGCCCCCCGCCGCGGCGAAGCCGGUAGCAGCACCGCUCAAGGAGAUUCUGCUCCAGCUGGAUCUUGUCGGCGUCGCGCUCGCCGUCGUCAGCAUGACGUGCUUCUUCCUGGUGACGCAGUGGGCGGGCGCGAGCCGCGCGUGGGACUCGGCGCCGGUGAUUGCCUGCCUGGUCGUCGCGGCGGUGACGUGCAUUCUGUUUGCUGGCGUGCAGGUAUGGCAGGGCGAGCGAGCAUCGCUUGUGCCGAGGAUCCUGUCCAAGAGAGUCGUGUACGGAGUGGCUUGCUUUGCGUUUUUCCAAAACGGCAUGAACUUCUUCUUCACGUACUACAUUCCUAUUUAUUUCCAGUCCAUCGACAAUUACUCGGCGGCACAGAGUGGCAUUUACAACUUGCCACUCAUCUUUGGAGCCUGCUUCUUUGCCAUCAUCUCCGGGUUUCUCAUCACCAUCUACGGAUACUACACAGUAUACAUGGCCGUGGGAAGCGCAGCCUGUACCAUUGCCUCUGGUCUCUUGUAUACCAUGGGCAUGCACACCCCUCUUGCCCGUCCAUUAGGAUACCAGAUGCUCCUCGGCGCCGGACAAGGCCUCGCCAUCCAGGUUCCCGUCAUUGUUGCCCAGGCCAUGUCCGCCCCGGAAGACAUUUCGGCCAGCACUGCCAUCAUUUUGUUUUUCCAAAUGACGGGCGGCGCAAUAUGCAUCUCCGCGGGCCAAUCGGCAUUCAUCAACCGGUUAUUGUAUUAUCUCAAGACCAUCGCGCCCGGGAUUGACGCUGCGCAUAUUGUCACCAUCGGCGCAUCCGAUCUGCGCGCGCAGAUAUCUGCAAGCGACAUUGAUGCCGUGCUCCAGGCGUAUCUUGGAGCUCUGAGGGAUACGUUUGCGCUUGGUGUGGGAUUUGCGGGCUGUGCGUUUCUGGCGAGCUUUAUUGCUCCGGUAAGAAAUUUGGCGCAUGGGUCAAAUAAAAUAAACGUCAUGGCGGCCUUGUAA